AUGAUUCGAUUACUGCCCAAUUGUUCGAUGUUGCUGUUAAAUAAACAAUGUUUAAUAAAUAAUAAUAAUGAUUAUCGACAAUUAAAACAAAAAUGGUUUCCAUCAGGGAAUCUUCUAUCUUUUUAUGAUUUGGAUAAUGACAAUGAUAAAGUGUCUAUUUUCCACAUAUUAGAUUAUUUUGCAUCGUUGGAUGGUGGACAGCAAGAAAAUUGGUAUAAAUGGAAAAAAUUAUUUAUUGAUUAUCACCAUGAUAAUCUUGAUCCAUCAUUUGAUAAUGCAAAUUGUUGUACAAAAUUAUUUUUACAUUUUUUACAUGCAUCGGCUAUAUUAUUACCGACAUUUAUAGAUCGUAGUUAUAAUAAAAUUAAAUUUAAUGAACAACUUUUAGACGAAAACACUUUGAAUAAAAUGUCUGAUUUUCUAAACAAAGAAGAUGGUUAUAAAGCAUGUUUAACUGAGUUAAUUCAAGAGGAUGCCCUACUACCACUCAGCUAG